GGAACUCAUUCUCCUUAAACUCCCUUCUAAAAGCUCCCAUGCACUCUCUGUUAUAAUAUUAAUUGGGCUACAGGUGUUCCACCUAAAGUCCUCCCGGUCAUAUUUGCGUGUUUUUACUUUUUUACUUUUCGAAUCAAGUAAAUAAUCCUAGACCCGGUCUAGAAUAGUUUACCCGGUUAGGUAAUUUACACCAUCAUUUUUGGCGCCACCCGUGGGACCAUUAAGGUUUCUUUUCAUCUAAACACAAACCUACCCACAAAAACAUCACUCAAAAUGUCUUCAGGCCAACAAAGCAACGCUACCUCUGCCCAGGUGCAAGCCACCACUGAGGGGGUCAGCAUCCCCAUGGUUGCGACCCAACCGGCUGUUUCUGCUCCCGUCUUGCCAUUGGGUCUGAGUUCAAUCCCAACACCCAGCGUGGUCAGCCCGUUCACGAUCCCUGUCCCCUCUUCUGGACCAAGGGUCAUGUUCCCACCAAGCAUGACCCAGUUCAUGAAUGACCCAGCCAAUCUACAAGCCAUCCAAGGCUUUGGCCAGGUCAUGGCCAUGUGUCAGCAGAAUGGGGGGAUGCCAUUCCUCCCAGGCAUGUUUCCAUUUGCCCUCCCAGGCGCAGGAACAAUGCCCCUGCAAACUCCGAUGGCGGCGUCUCCCUUCCAGACGCCAGUACCACAGCCAUCGCCCUUCCAUCUGUAGUUGGUUAGCGCUGUGGCCCCCGU